AUGGCGUCGCUACCACCUCCUCCACCUCCUGGAUGGGGGAUGGCAGCUCCUCAUUCGAUGCCUUUGGCACCUCCACCACCAGGAUAUCAGCCCCCAGCAGAUCCAAAGGUCGCGAAAUUUGCGCAAAAGAAGACAGAAUGGUUACGGACACAACGCAACCGAUUUGGCGAAAAGCGCAAGGGCGGAUUUGUUGAAAGCCAGAAGGCUGAUAUGCCUCCCGAGCAUCUACGGAAGAUCGUGAAGGAUAUCGGCGAUGUAUCUCAAAAGAAAUUCAGCAGCGAUAAACGAAGCUACCUCGGCGCGUUGAAAUUUAUGCCCCAUGCGGUGCUGAAGCUGUUAGAAAAUAUGCCUAUGCCUUGGGAAUCGGCGCGCGAAGUCAAGGUCUUGUACCAUGUCAACGGCUGUCUCACGCUCGUGAACGAGUCCCCUCGAGUCAUCGAGCCUAUCUUCCAUGCCCAAUGGGCAACCAUGUGGGUUUGUAUGCGACGAGAAAAAGCCGAUCGUCGCCACUUCAAACGGAUGCGCUUCCCUCCUUUUGACGACGAAGAACCCCCGCUUUCUUGGUCCGAGAAUAUCGAGGACGUGGAGCCGUUGGAACCUAUCCAAAUGGAGUUGGAUGAGACCGAAGACGCUGCGGUCUACGAGUGGUUCUAUGAGCAUAGACCCCUUUUGGAUACUCCUCAUGUAAAUGGCCCAAGCUACAAAAAGUGGAAUCUGUCACUCCCUCAGAUGGCAACCCUCUAUCGACUCAGCCAUCAAUUGCUCAGCGAUAUCACUGAUUCCAACUAUUACUACAUGUUCGACCUCAACAGUUUUACAACAGCCAAAGCUCUCAAUGUGGCUAUUCCUGGAGGCCCUCGCUUUGAGCCACUCUACAAAGACAUCGAUCCAAAUGACGAAGAUUUUGGCGAAUUUAAUGCAAUUGAUCGCAUCAUAUUUCGCUCUCCCAUCCGAACGGAAUACCGUGUCGCGCUCCCUUACCUAUACAACUCUCUUCCAAGAAGUGUCCAGCUGUCUUCUUACUCACACCCCCAGAUUGUCCAUGUCAGGUCAGAGGACCCUAAUCUUCCGGCUUAUUACUUUGACCCUAUCAUCAACCCUAUUUCCUCACGUUCCGUUGCCCCUAAGAAUAUCACCGUCAGCCAUGAGGAUGAAAUUUUUGGACCAGGUAACGAUGAAGAUGAUUUCGAACUCCCAGGCGAUCUCGAAGCUCUACUAGCCGACGAGGAACUGUAUAACAGCGAGACAGCGUCUGCGAUUUCAUUGCUAUGGGCUCCAUACCCAUUUGAUCGGCGUUCUGGCAGGAUGGUGCGAGCUCAGGAUGUGCCAUUGGUAAAACAGUGGUACCUGGAACAUUGUCCACAAGGCCAGCCUGUCAAAGUUCGGGUGUCGUACCAGAAGCUUCUCAAAACAUAUGUACUGAACGAGUUACAUAAGAAGAAACCUAAGGCUCACAACAAGCAAGACCUUUUGACAACAUUGAAGGGUACCAAGUUUUUCCAGACUACAACCAUCGACUGGGUUGAAGCUGGUCUCCAAGUCUGCCGACAGGGUUUCAACAUGCUGAAUCUGCUCAUUCACCGCAAGAAUCUGACGUAUCUUCAUCUCGACUAUAACUUCAAUCUUAAGCCUAUCAAAACGUUGACAACUAAGGAACGAAAGAAGUCUCGUUUUGGAAAUGCUUUCCACCUUAUGAGGGAAAUUCUGCGUCUGACAAAGCUUAUUGUUGAUGCCCAGGUUCAAUAUCGACUAGGCAAUAUCGACGCUUUCCAACUCGCAGAUGGUAUUCUGUACGCUUUCAACCAUGUCGGACAGUUGACCGGUAUGUACCGUUAUAAGUACAAGCUCAUGCACCAGAUUCGAUCUUGUAAAGAUUUGAAACAUUUAAUUUACUACCGUUUCAACUCUGGUCCAGUCGGCAAAGGUCCUGGUUGUGGUUUCUGGGCCCCAGCAUGGCGUGUAUGGCUUUUCUUCAUGCGCGGUAUUAUUCCUCUGCUGGAAAGAUGGCUUGGAAAUCUGCUUUCUCGUCAGUUCGAGGGCCGACACAGCAAAGGUGUUGCUAAAACUGUGACGAAGCAACGGGUCGAGUCCCAUUUCGACUUGGAGUUGCGCGCUUCGGUUAUGGCUGAUUUGAUGGACAUGAUGCCGGAAGGUAUCAAGCAAAACAAAGUAAAUACAGUUUUGCAGCAUUUGUCUGAAGCCUGGCGUUGUUGGAAGAGCAACAUUCCUUGGAAAGUCCCAGGCCUUCCAGCUCCGAUCGAGAAUAUUAUCCUGCGUUACGUAAAAGCUAAAGCUGAUUGGUGGAUUUCUGUCGCUCACUACAAUCGUGAACGAAUUCGACGGGGAGCUACGGUGGAUAAGACCGUUGCGAAAAAGAACUUGGGUCGUUUAACUAGACUUUGGCUCAAAGCAGAGCAGGAACGACAGCACAACUACCUGAAAGAUGGUCCCUAUGUUUCAUCUGAAGAAGCCGUGGCCAUAUAUACAACUACUGUCCACUGGUUGGAAUCUCGCAAGUUCUCUCCGAUCCCCUUCCCUAGCGUUUCCUAUAAGCACGACACAAAGAUUUUGAUUCUUGCUCUUGAACGGUUACGAGAAUCUUACUCAGUCAAGGGUCGCCUCAAUCAGAGUCAGCGAGAGGAACUUGCUCUUAUUGAACAGGCGUACGACUCUCCUGGUACUACACUUGCUAGAAUUAAACGUUUCUUGUUGACCCAGCGAGCAUUCAAAGAGGUUGGAAUUGAUAUGAAUGACAACUACAACGAUAUCAACCCAGUUUAUGAUGUUGAACCAAUUGAAAAGAUUACCGACGCCUACUUAGAUCAAUACCUGAGCUUCCAAGCAGACCAGCGACAUUUAUUUCCCUCGUGGAUCAAGCCAAGCGAUUCUGAAGUUCCACCCUUACUUACGUACAAAUGGGCACAAGGAAUCAACAAUCUUUCCAACGUGUGGGAAACCGCUGAUGGAGAGACCAAUGUCAUGAUCGAGACCAACCUGUCUAAGGUCUACGAGAAGAUGGAUUUAACCUUACUUAACCGUCUGCUUCGUCUGAUUAUGGAUCAUAACCUUGCUGAUUAUAUUACCUCAAAGAACAACGUGCAACUGAAUUAUAAAGACAUGAACCAUACCAACAGUUAUGGUUUGAUUCGUGGUCUGCAGUUUUCUGGUUUCGUCUUCCAGUACUAUGGCUUGGUUAUCGAUCUACUUCUCCUUGGUCUUCAACGAGCCAGUGAAUUAGCCGGGCCGCCUCAGAAUCCAAAUGACUUCCUGCAGUUCAAAGACCGUGCGACUGAAACCAGACAUCCUAUCCGCCUUUACACUCGCUACAUCGAUAAAAUCUGGGUGUUCCUACGAUUUUCUGCAGAUGAAUCACGUGACCUUAUACAAAGGUUCCUGACAGAACAACCGGAUCCCAAUUUUGAGAAUGUCAUUGGUUAUAAGAACAAGAAAUGCUGGCCUCGUGACUCCAGAAUGCGCUUAAUGCGUCACGAUGUAAAUCUUGGUCGCGCUGUUUUCUGGGAUUUGAAGAACCGACUGCCCCGAUCAAUUACUACCAUUGAGUGGGAUGAUACCUUUUCUAGCGUGUAUAGCAAGGAUAACCCCAACCUUCUGUUCUCAAUGUGCGGCUUCGAAGUUCGUAUACUUCCCAAGAUUCGCAACCAGAACGAUGAGUUCCCAAUCAAGGACAGUGUUUGGUCUCUGGUGGAUAACACGACGAAGGAGAGGACUGCGUACGCUUUCCUUCAGGUUACUGAGGAAGACAUACAGAAAUUCAACAACCGCAUUCGUCAGAUUUUGAUGUCUUCGGGGUCAACCACCUUCACCAAGAUCGCAAACAAAUGGAAUACUGCCUUGAUUGCUCUCUUCACGUAUUACCGUGAGGCCGCUGUAUCCACAGUCAAUCUCUUGGAUACGAUUGUGAAGUGCGAAACUAAGAUUCAGACUCGAGUCAAGAUUGGGUUGAACUCUAAAAUGCCAUCGAGAUUUCCUCCUGCUGUCUUCUAUACUCCCAAAGAACUGGGUGGAUUGGGAAUGAUUUCCGGUUCCCAUAUCCUCAUUCCUGCCAGUGACAAGCGCUGGUCGAAGCAAACAGAUACCGGUGUAACACACUAUCGCUCAGGCAUGUCACAUGACGAGGAAACCCUGAUCCCGAAUAUUUUCCGAUACAUCAUACCUUGGGAGGCUGAGUUCAUUGACUCGCAACGUGUCUGGAUGGAGUAUUCUCAGAAACGACAGGAAGCUAACCAGCAGAACCGACGAUUAACACUGGAAGAUUUAGAGGAUAGCUGGGAUCGUGGUCUACCUCGUAUCAACACCCUUUUCCAGAAAGACCGCAGCACACUCAGCUUUGACAAGGGCUUCCGUUCCAGAACCGAAUUCAAGAUAUACCAGCUCAUGAAGAGCAAUCCGUUUUGGUGGACCAGUCAGAGACACGAUGGAAAAUUGUGGAAUUUGAACGCUUAUCGUACGGAUGUUAUACAAGCGUUGGGUGGUGUUGAAACCAUUCUUGAGCACACAUUGUUCAAAGCAACAGCUUUUCCAUCUUGGGAAGGACUGUUCUGGGAAAAAGCGAGCGGUUUCGAAGAAAGUAUGAAGUUCAAGAAGCUCACCAACGCCCAGCGUUCGGGUUUGAACCAAAUCCCCAAUCGUCGUUUCACAUUGUGGUGGUCCCCAACUAUCAACCGUGCAAACGUAUAUGUGGGUUUCCAGGUGCAGUUAGACCUUACUGGUAUCUUCUUGCACGGAAAAAUUCCAACUUUGAAGAUUUCUUUGAUUCAAAUUUUCCGUGCCCAUCUCUGGCAAAAGAUCCAUGAGUCAGUGGUAAUGGAUCUUUGUCAAGUAUUCGAUCAGGAGUUAGAGGCUCUAGGCAUUGAAGCGGUGCAAAAGGAAACGAUCCAUCCCCGCAAGUCCUACAAGAUGAACAGCUCAUGCGCGGAUAUCUUGUUAUUCGCUACCAACAAAUGGAAUGUUACUCGGCCUUCUUUGCUAUUCGACACAAAGGAUGUCAUUGAGCCCACUACGACGAACAAGUUCUGGCUUGAUGUUCAAUUGAGAUAUGGCGACUACGAUUCACACGACAUUGAACGGUAUGUACGUGCUAAAUACCUCGACUACACCACGGAUAGCAUGAGUAUCUACCCCUCCGCAACGGGUUUAAUGAUAGGCAUUGAUCUUGCCUACAACCUCUACUCAGCUUAUGGACAAUAUUUCCCUGGUUUGAAGGCGCUUAUCCAACAGGCGAUGGCGAAGAUCAUGAAGGCGAACCCGGCCUUGUAUGUGCUCCGAGAGCGUAUACGCAAAGGUUUACAACUUUAUGCAUCCGAAAGCAACCAAGAGUUCCUCAAUUCCCAGAAUUACUCCGAACUUUUCAGCCCGCAAAUCCAAUUGUUCAUUGAUGAUACGAAUGUGUAUCGUGUGACGAUUCACAAGACUUUCGAAGGUAACCUCACUACUAAGCCUAUAAACGGUGCUAUAUUUAUCUUCAACCCACGAACCGGCCAGCUGUUCCUCAAGAUCAUCCACACUAGUGUCUGGGCUGGUCAGAAACGUCUUGGACAAUUGGCUAAAUGGAAGACAGCAGAAGAAGUAGCAGCGCUUAUCCGAUCUUUGCCAGUUGAGGAACAGCCUAAGCAGCUGAUUGUCACCCGAAAGGGUCUUCUUGAUCCGUUGGAAGUUCACUUACUAGAUUUCCCAAAUAUUUCUAUCCGUGCAUCUGAGCUUCAACUUCCUUUCCAGGCUGCCAUGAAGGUUGAAAAACUUGCGGACAUGAUUCUUCGGGCAACAGAGCCUCAAAUGGUUCUUUUCAAUCUUUAUGAUGAAUGGUUGAAAUCAAUCUCUCCAUACACUGCUUUCUCAAGAUUGAUUUUGAUUCUUCGUGCACUACAUGUCAAUGCCGACAAGACCAAGAUCAUUCUACGUCCAGAUAAGACCGUCAUCACUCAAGAACACCAUAUCUGGCCAACACUUUCCGACGAUGACUGGAUUAAGGUUGAAGUUCAACUGCGUGAUCUGAUCCUAAAUGAUUAUGGAAAGAAGAAUAACGUCAAUGUUCAAAGUCUGACCAGUAGCGAAGUGAGAGAUAUCAUCUUGGGUAUGGAGAUCAGUGCUCCAUCUCUGCAACGUCAACAAGCAGCCGAGAUCGAGAAGCAACAGGAAGACCAAAAGCAACUUACUGCUGUUACCACAAAGACUCAGAACGUUCGAGGCGAGGAAAUUAUUGUGACGACAACUUCCCAAUAUGAGCAGCAGUCUUUCAGCUCCAAAACCGAAUGGAGGACUCGCGCAAUCGCGAGUUCGAAUCUUCGUACUCGAGCCAACAAUAUAUACAUAUCUUCUGACGAUAUUCGAGAGGAUGGCUUGCAUACUUAUAUUAUACCCAAGAAUAUUCUCAAGCGAUUCAUCAUGAUUGCCGAUCUUCGGGUGCAAGUCGCUGGAUAUCUAUAUGGCAGAUCGCCUCCCGAUAAUGAUCAAGUCAAGGAGGUACGCACCAUUGUGAUGAUUCCUCAAGUCGGAAACACACGAGAUGUACAGCUUCCACAACAACUACCGCAGCACGAGUAUCUUAAUGGCUUAGAACCAUUGGGUGUCAUCCAUACAAUUUCUGGUAACGAACCACCCUACAUGACUGCUCAAGAUGUUACUCAACACGCGCGACUUAUGAAUUCUCAUUCGUCAUGGGAUAAAAAGACGGUUACCAUGACUGUAUCAUUCACGCCUGGAUCCGUUUCGCUCGCUGCUUGGGCUCUAACACCCCAAGGCUACAAAUGGGGUGCUGAGAACAAAGAUCUGAGCUCCGAUCAACCCCAAGGUUUCUCGACCAAUAUGGGCGACAAGUGCCAAUUAUUGCUCAGUGACAAGAUCCGUGGUUAUUUCUUGGUUCCUGAAGACAAUGUAUGGAAUUACAGCUUCAUGGGUAGCUCUUUCAGCGGUGUUGAGAAGCGGCCUGUCUACGUCAAGAUCGAUACUCCUCUGCGUUUUUAUGAUGACCAGCAUCGUCCUCUACAUUUCCAGAACUUCGCCGAGCUGGAAGAUAUCUGGGUCGAUCGUACCGACAACUUCGCAUAA